AUGACUGGUGUCCUCGCCCUGUUAUUUCUGCUUGUGGUUUUCGCAGAAACGUACGACAAUUUAGCAUUAAAUAAAUCAGCUUGGCAACAAACUACUUGGACUGGCCAGCUAAUACCAUGGGGGGCUGCAAAAGCGGUAGACGGACAAUACACAAACCGUUCAGCCGGAGGCAAUCAGUGUUCAAUAUCAAAUGGCGGACAACAGACGGCAGAAUGGAGAGUAGAUCUAGAGAGUAAAAUCAGCAUAAGCCAUAUCAGCAUCUUCUACAGAACAGAUAAUACACCCAGUCCUGGUGCUUUUUAUAAUCGCUUUGCUGGAUUUUUUGUGUACGUUUCCAAUACCACAAGUAGGCAAGACGGUCAUCUUUGUUUCCAUGAAAUACAAACAGAAGACAGAACACCGACAGAGAACCAGACAAUAAGCUGUCCUGUACACGGACGUUAUGUUAUAUACUACAACGAAAGAAGAAGGAAUAUGACAUACCCGAGUUAUUAUUCUACAUAUGCAUUUAGCGAACUAUGUGAAUUAGAAGUUAUUGGAUGUUCUGAUCCAACCGUUUAUGGAGAACACUGUAAUCAGCCAUGUUCAGAUAAAUGUCAGGAACAGAGAUGUACCAUCACUACAGGAGAAUGUCUGGGCUGUAUACCGGGAUAUCAAGGCCCUAUGUGUAAUCAAGUAUGUGAUAAUCGGAGGUACGGUCUGGAGUGUUCUUCUAUAUGUGGUAACUGUAGUGACGGGGUGACAUGUAACCAUGUCGACGGAACGUGUCUGAAUGGAUGUGACGUAGGAGUGGAGGGAGAAAAAUGUCAGACUGCGUGUCGACCUGGACGAUACGGUAAAGAUUGCAGAGAAAUCUGUAGCGCAAAUUGCUUACGUCAAAACCAGUGUAACAGAUUUAACGGUGAAUGUUACGGCGGGUGUCAACAAGGAUGGAAGCUCCCUAACUGCCAGAAGGAGUGUGAUGGAGGCCUGUACGGCGUAAACUGUAGCCAAAGCUGUGGUCAGUGUAUAGGAGAUCAGCAGUGUCAUCACAUCAACGGCACGUGUUUGAAUGGCUGUUCCCCGGGAUAUAUGGGGAUCUCU